AUGCAUGCAUCGGCCCCUCCAACUAAAGAUAUGAGCGUUUCCAUUCCUACUGUAUUUCUGAGGAUAAUUUUUAAGGGUACAGAGAAGGAAUUUGAAGAAGCUCUCCGUAGGUCGACCACAGUGUAUGUUGGAAAUUUGUCGUUUUACACUUCCGAGGACCAGCUAUAUGAACUGUUUAUGCGUGCUGGAGACGUUAGGCGUGUGAUAAUGGGUCUUGACCGUUUCAAGAAAACACCGUGUGGAUUUUGCUUUGUCGUUUACUAUACGCGCGAUGAGGCGGAGAAUGCUGUACGUUUCCUGAAUCGUACAAUCCUAGAUGGUAGAACAAUUAGAGUGGAUUUCGACACAGGUUUCGUGGAAGGACGCCAGUAUGGUCGUGGAAAGCACGGUGGACAGGUGCGUGAUGAGUAUCGCGAGAACUUCGAUCGCGGUCGUGGUGGAUACGGACGAGACAGGAAGGAAAGAGAGGAUAGCGACGAUUGA